AUGCCGGCCACAGCAUCACAGGUUCUCGAAGAGACGCGAAGCCACGAGCAAACUGCGGAAUGGCUGCGCCGACUUCCGAAAGGGGAGCUCCGUGCCCUCAUCCGGCUUGCGACAGAGGAGCUCAGCCGGAGGGACCGGUCCCAGAGACUGGCUGUGCUGCUACUGGAAGUCUGCCGAAUGGAGUCUGUGACCCUAUCAGACACCGUCGAUCUUCUGGCCACUGGCCUUUCCGAGGUGACAGCUCCUAGAGGAGGCCCCGAAGGCGAAGAAGAGACGUGGCCAAGAGAGGGCGAAGAGGAGACCUCGGAAAACCUGCCCACUACACCAGGAGGUUCGCUCCUGCGGCGUUCGCGCGACAGAAUGCGCUUUUCUUUAGACGGAGCUCCCACUCUGCUCGGAGAUGAGGAACGAAGCCGUCUCCUCGCAGAGCUCCGAGGCAGCAGCUGGAGGGCCGAGGUCCCCUUGAGCCGCGCGCCACCGCGCCUUCGGAGUGACCGAGAGGUUCUGCUUGCAGCCGCGCGAGAGGAUCCGGCUACGCUUAGGUUUGCUGCUGAUCUGCAAAAGGACCGGAACUUUUGGCUCUGGAUCGUGAGGCAAACCAAGGCAUGGUGGCUCAUCCACUUUGGAGCGUCUCAGAAGCUCCUGGAAGACCCUAGCUUCUUGGAGGGCUGCAAGAAAGCCGCGGGCACUGGCUUGGUUUUCACCUAUUACGACGACCACAACCUUUUCCAGACCCUUCGUAGGAAGUUGCCCACUGCGGGUGCGUCGGUGCCGGGCGGCGACGCCUAUGAUUUAGUCAUGGAAGAAGUCAGCCAGAACGGCAGCACUGCCACCGUCUGGUUCGGCGAUGAACCAGUCUUCGGCCACAAUGCCGACCGUGGCGAGUGGCUCCACCCCAGCAGUGAAUGCGGACGGGACGACAUCCCGGUUCCGCCGGCGAACGUGCAGGAUGCAAAGUGGCGCUCGACCGUGGACUCACGCACACGCACGCAGGAGCCCAUUGUCGGCAAGCGAUACAAGUGUUGGUGCUGCAGAUGGUUGCGCGAAGUGCAGCGACACCACGCCCAAGGCGAGGUAAUUUGCUGCGCGGUAUCAAACAUCUAUAACUCAGAUUGGGUCGAGUUGUACGGUGCGGGAUCAUCAGAGUUGUCCGAUGUGGACGCCGGAGCACACGGCCUGCCAAAGAGUCUUGGCUGGGAGAAUAGAAUAUAA